CAAUCUCUUUCUUUUUCUUUUCUUUUAUUUUCUUGUCAUGGUUUCUAAACAGCAAAUGUUUGUGUGGGGUGGUUUGCCCAUCACUGUCUUUGGCUUGGACGAACACAAAGCCAAGGGCGUUGACCAACCUGUUGCGGUCGUGUUUGCUUUGCAUGGUCGAUUGCAAUCUGAGCAAAAGAUGCAACCUAUUGCUGAAGCAUUGUGCGGUCUCAAUGAAGCGGCCAACAAACGACAUUUAAUCGUGGUAACUUUUGAUCAUCCCAAUCACGGUCAACGGCUGCGUCACAAACAGGCCAACUAUGCUUGGAAAGAAGGCCGACAUGAAAAUCCCGAUCAUGCCUUGGAUAUGUGGGCCAUGCUGUAUUCCUCUUCGCGAACCAUAUCCGACCUGAUCGAUGUCUUGGAGUAUUAUCUGUUCGACCGUCAAACCGUAACACCACCCCGUAUCCAAGCCUGGGGCGUUCUCGGAUUCUCAAUGGGUGGUCAUGCCGCCUUUAUGGCCGCGGCUGAAGAUCCUAGAAUUACGGUAUCUAUUCCUAUUGUGGGAACCGCCGAUUUCUUGGGACUUUUGCGUACUCGUCUCCAAGACAACGGGUUAUCGUCUGCUCAACAUUUACCCGCUUCGCUGUGCGAAGCCAUUCAGCGUCGCACGGACAGAUUGGAAGACCGGCUCAAAGAUACCAAGCUGUUAAUUAUCAGUGGAGAAAAAGAUAAACUCGUACCGGCCGCCAGCAAUGCCGGGUUUGUUCAACGACUACGACAAGUUCACAAAGGCAGCGAAAAUGAGGAUUGGCAAUAUAUCGUUGUGCCAGAUGUAGGUCAUGAGUGGUGUCCGACGAUGGUGAAUGAAAGUGUUCAGUGGUGUCAACGAUGGCUGCUGCAACAGGACGAAGGACAGUGCAAAUUGUAAAUGACCACUUUUUUUAUUUUCCCGGAGAUGUUAGCCUGGUCCAACUUUAGGA